UACGAGGGGGCGAACCGGCUCCUUGGAAGGGGGCAAAGUGUACCAUGGGUGGGGUUACACAUUAAUCCCUUCGCAGAGGUGGAGUUACCGACUCCCGCUGGCACGGCUGUGCAGGUGUCCCCAGUGUUGGUGUUGUCCUACCCCCAGCUCAGCUGCCAGGGUAUCCAAGAUGGAGACGCAACAGGAAGCAAAGAACAGGUAACACUUUCUGUGCCUCCACCUCUCUGUCGUUCUGUGGCUCUGCCCACAUUUGCCGAUCUGUCGCCGUGUUUGACGACUGACGGAGGGACACUUGAUCCUUCCCUGUGUCUUAGAUCAGUGUCCUCUGUAAGAUCACUGCUCAGCGUUAAUCUCACAUCUCCAUUGUUUUCUUUUUUGUGACCUUUGGACGGAACGUUAUCAAGAAUGACACCUGUGCGAGGAAAAAAUGUCAGAGACAAAAAGACGUUUACAGACGUCGAUGGAGGCUGUGGAUUCCAGUUCCUCCCCAAACAGACUCAGUAGAUGUCUUCUGCUUUUAAUGGUAUGAAGCCUAAUCCAUGGAGCAUGGCUCUGUUGUUAUGACAGAAACCUCACCCGUGUAAAAAUGCUUGUGGACAAUGUCAUGCGGAUGAAACGCGACGAGACCAGUGUCUGUGGAUUUCUGUGGCUUUGGCGAAUUUGAGGAAAGUGUCCCGCUGGAUUACCUGAGGACUGAGAGCGUUUUGGUUGCCAGUGCUGUAACAUAUGAUGAGGAAGCCUGACUUUAGGUUACUGGUGGCCUCAUCUAAACUGACUCAUCUCAAGAGGAGCAAAAAAACGGACUGAGACCCACUGACACAAUGGAUCUGCCACAGAAAUUUACAUUCAAUCCGAAGGAGGGCAUUGACAAUCCAGCUUUGGUCAUUUCGGAGGACGCAGAGCCAGACCCGGGGCCUGCGCCACGCUUGUGUGUCCUGAAGAGGGCGCCAAAUGAGAGUUUUGGGUUCCACCUGCGCUUAGAGACGGGCUGCCGGGGCCACAUUGUGCAGAACGUGGAGCCGUGGAGCGUGGCAGAGUACAGGGGCCUGCAGGACGGUGAUCGGCUGCUGGCGGUCAAUGGGGAAUUCGUAGGCGAAGCCAGCCACCAUAGGGUCACUCAGAAGAUACAGGUGUGUGGGACACAGCUGUGCCUCUUGGUGUUGAGCGGCUCCGACUACGAGCAGGUGGUCUCCGAGGGCCGCGACCUCCGCCACCUGACCAGAGCCCACCUAGGAGAGGGCUGUGCCCGGCCUCGGCUCUGUCACAUCACCAGGGACCCCCGCAGUGGUCUGGGUCUCAGUAUCACCCCUAUCCAGGGGAAGAAAGGUCCAUACUCGGUGAAAGUGGCCAGAGGGGGCGCUGCUGAGCGAUCAGGGGUCCGUGAAGGAGACUGGCUGCUGUGGAUCAAUGGUACCAGAACCUCGGAGCUCGCCUACUCAGCACUAAGAAAUAUGAUGAAGAAGUGUGGGAUCCACGUGACCGUCCUGGUGAUUGACACUGAGAGCGAGCGAGCCUUUGUCCGCUGCCGGCACCCCAUCCUUCCUUCCAUGGCUGUCACCCACAACCUGCCCCACCGUCCUUCCACGCUGCACCUGGAGCAGGGACCUGGUGGCUACGGUUUCCUGCUGAGGGAGGAGAAGAUGCGGUCUGGACGCCUCAGCCACGUGCUGCGUGAUAUCGACGCAGGCAGCCCAGCCGAGGCGGCCGGCAUGCGUGACGGGGACACGCUGCUGGCAGUGAACGCCGAGCCCGUGGAAGCGCUGGAGCAUGAGGAGAUCGUGCUGCGGGUGCGGAGGAGCGGCCAACGCGUGGCUCUCACCACCAUCCGCCCCAAGGGCGCAGACUUCUACUUUAAGCUGGGUCUGUCUCCACUGCUGUUCUGUGAUGACAUCCUCCCUGAGGAGGAGCCGGAAGAUUGUGCGCCAGCCCCCCCCGCUGCACCUCCGGACGAGCCCCUUGUGCAGGCCCCGGCUCACCUUCCAUGCCCGAGGCUGUGCGUCUUGGAAAGGGGGGGCAGCGGUUUCGGCUUUCACCUGGGCGGCAUCCCACCUGAUCCGGGCACCUUCAUAAGCCAGGUGGCAGCAGGAGGUCCCGGCGAGAAGGUCGGACUCUUUGAGGGUGAUGUGGUGGUGGAGGUGAAUGGGAUGAAUGUGGAGGAGGAGUAUCUGGAGGACGUGGUGGCCCUAGUGAAGAAGGGCGGGGAGUCCCUGAAGAUGUUGGUGGUGGAGAGGUGGGGGUACGAGCUUCUGAAAAAGAGCGGGAUGCCCAUUAGACCGGGGGUGAUUACUCAAAGCACUCAGGUAAGACAAAAGCUAACGCAUGCGGAGUCACACAAACACAACCAGAACGGGAGGAGCAACAAUGCUGAGGACAUAGAAAAUUAAUUAUGAGCUUCCCAUAAUCCCUCUCUCCAUAUAUCUCCAUAUGCCAGGAUUAUCGUCAACAUCAACUCUAUUAUAAUAUUCCCACAUAAUGAAAGAACAACACAUUUCAUUUAUCUGUUCUAUUUUUGCUUUUCAGAGAGAAGAAACUCCAAAAAGAUCAUUUUUUUGAUAACGCAGGAAUCACCCUGACAUAAGCGAUGCUAUUUCUUGUUGUGUAAUCAACAGGAAAAUGCAUGGUAGUCAUAACUCCAAUUACUAUAGGAUAACCGAGGCUCCGCCCCCGAUGAGCUCACCUGAAGGACCUGGACCGAUCUGGAAGUGGAUCACUGAAGUUGCUAUGACCUUUCAGAUCAUGGUCCAGGCUCAGUACAGAAACCUCCUGAGCCUCUUUCCUGCCCAAGCUGGAUCAUCUAAACUCCUUCAAGUUAGAGUGUAACACAUUGUCUCUAUAAGAAAAAGCCGAAAUAUAUUUUCAGGGAAUGAAAAAGUUAUAAUCAACCAUCAUCCUCCAUCUAUUUUCUAUACUUAUCCCAUGCACUGUUGCGGGGGGGGGGGGGGUCCAGAGUCAAUCCCGGAAGCUACCGGGAGGGAAUAACCCAGAGUGCCAGGCACCAACCCAUCACAGGCACCCAUUUGCAUCUACGGACAAUGUGGAAA